AUGCAAGCCAUGAAGUUGGAUUCUACUAGAACAUUCGAUUUGGCUUUGGAUCCCAAAGGAGAGCAACGAGUACAAGCUCAACCAACCCAUACCAUUGAGCAACUUGGUCUAAAUUCAAGACAUGGAGAUUUGCUAUUUAUCAUCUACCACAAUGAUGGAUCUAAAAAUUCUACUUCUAAUGUUUCUACUCACGGCCAGACUCAAUCAUCAAAGGCCAGUUCAGCGCUGUUGAUCAAGCAAGAUCCCGUUGAUGAAUAUCUGCAGAAACAGCCAGGAACCAUCAAGCGAGAACGGGAUACUCGAUUCUGCAAACAUGGAAGCUCUGGAAUGUGUGAAUACUGCCUUCCUCUGCAACCAUACGAUGCAAAAUAUUUAGAAGAGAAUAAGAUCAAGCACAUGGCAUUUCAUGCGUAUUUGCGCCAACUAAUGGAGCAGGCCAAAACAACUCCCAUCACUAGUUCUCAUUUUGUUCCUCCCCUUGAUAAUCUAGAUUUUAAAGUUGCCAAUCCUUGUCCUAGUAAAUCUCAUGGUCAAUAUCCUAUUGGUAUUUGCACAAAAUGCCAGCCAUCUGCCAUUACGCUACAAAGCCAGAAUUUUCGUAUGGUAGACCACAUUGAAUUUGAAUCUCCUGCUAUUAUUGAUAAUUUCUUGCAAUUUUGGCGUUCCAGUGGUGCGCAACGUGUGGGAAUUCUUUACGGCAAGUAUGAACCCUAUGCCGAAGUUCCGCUUGGAGUAAAAGCAGUCGUGUCAGCCAUAUACGAACCAUUACAGGAAGACAGUCAUGAUACGAUUCAAUUAGCAGUAACUUCCUCUCAUUCAAUACUGAAUAAUGCUACAUCUGCCACGGUGGAUGCUGUUGCUACCUCACUGGGUCUUGUUCGUGUAGGUAUUAUCUACACAGAUUUGACAGACGAUGGUUCUGGCAAUGGCACGGUAGUAUGCAAGCGACACGCAGAUUCUUAUUUUUUGUCCUCGGCCGAAAUUGUCUUUGCCGGUGUAAACCAGGAACAGCAUCCUAUGGUUACGCCAUACAGUGCAUUGCACACAUUUGGCAGUCGGUUUGUAACUUGCGUUAUUAGUGGCAAUAGUGAAGGUGGCAUUGAUAUUUUUUCGUAUCAAGUGUCAAAUAUGUGUGCGGCUAUGGUUCGUGAUAAUAUUAUUGAAGCAUCUGUUGAGCCUUCGUUGAUGCGUGUCGCCGAAUCAACCGAUAAGCAGUACGUGCCAGAAGUAUUCUAUAAGUUUAAAAACGAGUAUAACAUUAUGGUGAAGAAUGCUGCAAAACCAACAUUUCCAGUCGAGUAUCUGCUGGUGACUGUUACACACGGAUUCCCAUCCACUCCCAGUCCGACAUUUACAAACACAAAGGCAUUCCCGAUAGAGAAUCGUGUGGAAAUGGGUAGCGCGCAGGAUAUGCACGCUCUCAAACAGCAUCUGACAUUUACAGAAAAUCAUUUACUAGAUCUUCUUUCCGACUUUCAUGUUCUGCUAUUUAUCAAAGAAUCUAGUAUUUUGGAUCAGACUGAUUUUGAUCUAUUGGUUGACGGUGUUCGAACACGAUCUGAACCCUUGAUAUCCGAGCUGUCUAGCCGAUCUUCAUGGCAAACACUAUUGAUGAUUUUGCAAGAAACGGCCACACAUGCACCGACAGCCAGCAAGAGCAAUACUUCAGCAGUCCCUGCAGCUCCCAAAUCAUGCCAGUACUGCACGUUUGUGAAUCAAGCUGGUGUAGAUUCAUGUGAGAUGUGUGGACUUCCGCUUGAUUAA